AUGGGGACGAGGACGAAUUUCUACAAGAACCCCUCUUACGCCUACAAUAAACAGUUCAAUCUCAACUCUGUCCUUCAAAAUCUCAGAGCUUACAAUGUCGCCACUGGAAAUACUCCUCCGGCUGAAGAAACGGCCCACGCUGUUCAUCGGAAGCGCCGCCGUGACCAUCAGCCGCCGGUGGAUCAAGGGAAUGACGUAAAGGAGAAUGAUGGACCUAUGUCUCACCAGGAGUAUAUUCAAAAGUGGAGGAAAGAAGCUGACUCUUUUCAUCCUUAUCAAGAGUUAACCGCAGAUAUAUUGAAACCUUCAAGUUCAGAUACAAAUGUGCUGGGGUAUGAAAAAUGUGAAGAGCAUGAAGGUCCUCCUAGCAAUUCGGAAGUGCGACUUGAUGCUAGAGAGGGAGCACAUUACUUUCCACUUUCUGGUAGCAAAAACCAAAAAGAUCAAAUCAAGACUCGCACUGAGCAGAGGUAUCCUCUUCCAGGAGAACCUGUAUGUGUUGUAUGUGGGAAGUAUGCUGAGUACAUAUGCAAUGAGACGAAUGAUGAUGUAUGCAGCAUGGAUUGCAAAGCUGAACUUCUGCAAAACCUUCAACUUCACCAGGGGCUCCUGAGUGGCCGAUCCCCCAUUGAAUUCUUCUCUGCACGAAGAUGUACAUUGGAGGUGCCUGAAUCUGGAGGGGACACUUGGGAUUAUGAUCGGCAUUGCUGGUCUAAGAAGAUAUCUGGUCUCUGUACUUAUAAAUGUUGGAAAUGUCAAAAGCCUGGGCAUCUUCCUGAAGAUUGUUUGGCAAUGACAUCUCAUGGUGAAUCCAGUCUCUCUAAUAAAACACACAAUCAGGUGGCCGUGAUUCAAAAUAAAUCCAACAAUGUAUCGAGAGACCUUCUUGAUUUAUAUAAAAGAUGCCACCAGAUUGGAAAAAACUUCUUGGCUGCAAAAUGCAACUCGUGCUGUAGGUCAACAACUUUAGCCACGUGUCUUGACUGUGAUAAUGUUUUUUGUGAUAGCGCAGGGCAUUUGAGUGAACAUAUCAAGGAGCAACCGUCUCAUCGGCAAUAUUAUUCAUAUAAACUAAAGCGUCUGGUCAAAUGCUGUAAAUCAACAUGCAGGGUGACUGAUAUCAAGGAUCUCUUAGCUUGUCAAUAUUGUUUCAAUAAAGCAUUUGACAAGUUCUAUGAUAUGUACACUGCAACAUGGAAAGGAUCUGGAUUUUCGAUCAUUUGGAAUUCUAUUUGUUGUGAGGAUCAUUUUGAAUGGCACAGGAUGAAUUGUUUGAGUGCAGAUGUGGAAGACAGUGCCUAUGUUGUGAAGAAAUAUGCCCAGAAUAAGAAAUAUGUACAGCUGAGUGACUUCAUCUUUUGA